AUGAGUGAAGAGAUAGACAAGCAUGUCCUAAGAAAGUACGAGAUCCUUCAGAAGCUCGGAAAGGGCGCCUAUGGCAUUGUUUGGAAAGCUGUUGACAAGAAGAGCAAGCAGACGGUGGCGCUGAAGAAGAUCUUUGAUGCCUUCCAGAAUGCAACGGAUGCUCAGAGAACGUUUCGAGAGGUGAUGUUCCUGCAGGAGCUGACCACUCACGAAAACAUUGUCAAGUUGUUGAACGUCCUCAAAGCGGAGAAUGAUCAGGAUCUGUACCUGAUCUUCGAAUUCAUGGAGACCGACUUGCACGCUGUGAUCCGGGCAAAUAUCCUGGAGGAGAUUCACAAGCAGUACACGAUGUACCAGCUAUUCAGGUGUCUCAAAUACAUGCACACAGCGGAGCUCCUUCAUCGAGACAUAAAACCUAGCAACCUCCUGUUGGAUUCUGAGUGUCAAGUCAAGGUCGCCGACUUUGGUUUGGCCCGGUCGGUCGCGCAGCUCAAGGACGAGGCAGGGCCUAACCCUGUGUUGACGGACUACGUGGCGACCAGGUGGUACAGGGCCCCAGAGAUUCUAUUGGGAUCGGCCAAGUAUACAUUUGGGGUGGAUAUAUGGUCCAGCGGCUGCAUUUUGGGGGAGCUUUUGGGGGGCAAGCCCAUGUUUCCAGGCAGCUCCACAAUCAACCAGCUAGAAAGAAUAUUAGAAAUCACCGGCCGGCCAAGCAAGGACGACGUUGACGCCAUUGGCUCGCCCUACGCAUCUACCAUGUUAGAAAGCCUCUCGCCGCCCGCGAAACGGUCGCUGCGCGACUUGUUCCCGAGCGUGUCGCCCGAAGCGGAGGACCUGCUUAGAAAACUGCUCCAGUUCAAUCCGCACAAGCGCAUCACGGCAGAGGAGGCCCUCCGGCAUCCGUACGUUGCUCAAUUCCACAAUCCAACCGACGAACCCGCCUGCGAUCACAUCAUUACCAUCCCCCUCAAUGACAACCUCAAAAUCUCUCUGCAAGAGUACCGGGAAAAGCUCUACGGGGAGAUCGUAAAGCGGAAAAAGGAGAUUCGGAGGAAGGAAAAGGAGCGAGCAUCCAGUCACUCAAGAACCCAUGCCAGAAGAUCAAGCACGAAGUAG